AUGGUUCUAAUGGUUCUGUUGGUAAAAAUUCCAAACACAGUAGGAAAUGAACAAAAUCUGUGUCCAAUCUCAGAAGACAUUCACGAAAUUAGAAGACAUUUUAAAUCCAUCAAAGACACAUUGCACAGCAAAGACAAGAUUACAGAUGUCAUUUUGCUGAAAGCCAACAAAUUGAACAAUAUCCAGUCCUCCGAGAAAUGCUGCUUCCUUCUUGAACUGGGACGCUUUUAUGUGGAAAAUGUGUUUUCCAAUGUGACAUUCGACCAACUGGAAGAAAGGAGGGGUCUUCAUCACCUGGCCAAUUCUUUCCUUGGUCUGAAGAUAGAACUCAAGCACUGUCAUUCCACCAUGAGAUGUAAUUGUGGAAAAGAAUCACACCAAGUUAUGAAAGACUUCAAGGAUGAUUAUUAUAAGUUAGAUACUAAAGCUGCUGCCUUGAAAGCUGUUGGAGAUCUGAACAUCCUUUUUCACUGGAUGGAAAAGAAAUGA